CGGCCACGCGGCGAACCCGCCGUGCCGCCCGCGGGGGCGCUCGCCGCGCAGGGCGGGAAGUGUCCAGCCAUGGACUCCUGUGGGCCUGAAUGCCCCGCAAAACCUCUGCGUGACUUGAUCUUGCGCUGGCUUGGCACGGAGAGCCGCGGCCUAGAAAUGUGUGCGCUCGCCAAAGACUGCGAUGCACUGCUAGCUACCUGCCCCUCCCUCCCGCCCCCUCUCUUGCUCUGCUGCAACGGGGCUGCCGCUCCGCUUGCGGCCCUGGUGUCCGCACUUUCGUCGCUGCUGCGCCGGGAGGUCGCGCCCUCGCUAGCGCGCGCGGGCUUGCGCCAGCAGCCCCGGCAAGUUGUCUCCCCGUACGCUGGGGGAAUCCGGCUGGGGGACGCCGUCCCGUCGCGCCCCGCCGAGGGGCCCGAGCCCUGUAGCUCCGUCCGCCUGGAGGUGCUGAACCCCGGCCGCCUGGGCUUCCUGGCCCUGGGCACUGAUGUGUUCUUGGAGUGGCGCCUCCACGCUGUCGCCCACGUUUUAUCCGGGAGUGGCGCCGACAUUUGCGUGCUUCCGGGUGCGCGCCUGCCUCCUGGGGCAGUUCUGCCGGCGGGCUUCCCAUUCUCGUGGCUGGGCCCACGAUCGGUCUCUUGGGGCGCGGUCGGUAUUUUUGUGCGCACCGAGAUUGUCUCGCUCCUCCGCCCUCUCCCUGACUUGUCCUCUGACCGCGCUCAGUGGUUUGAGUUCUGGGGUGAUGCUGCUCCCGGCGCGCCGACUCCUGGCCCGAGCUUUGUUUUCUGCGCGUGCUACCCCGCCCCGGGCGGCGAUGUGGCGACGUGGUCGGCUAUUGUUUCCUCCGUCACUGAGGUACGCGCGCGCCACCCGGGUGCGCGCGUCCUGAUCUGUGGCGAUGGUAACGUCCACCUGUCCUACGUCUUGCAGCAUCCUCCUGGCUGUGCUUGCCUCCACUGCCGCCAGUCGGCGCAAGACCGCACCAUCGAGGCUAUGAUCACCGCCGCCGGCUUUGUGGCGUGCAACCCGCCAGUUGCCACGCAUGACUCGGGCACGUGCAUCGACCUGAUCCUCGCCGAGCGCCACUGUCUCAUUCCUGUUACUGUCGCCCAUGCGAGUGGUGUAGAUUCGGACCAUCGGUUGGUCUCGUGUUCGUUCCCGUGCGCCUUCCGCCCCCCGCAGCUGUCAGGGCUGUGUCGCGUGACGUGGCGCACAGAUGGCCAGUGGGACGAUGUGCUGCUCGCCGUGGCGCCUGUCCUGGCGUACCUGGCUGACGCCGUCGAAUCCCUCAUUGCCUGUGAGUGGCUGCGCCCUCCGUGGAGCGGGGGGGGCGCCACUAAGAAGCAGCGCCGCGCUUUAUUGGACGCGGCCGCUUGGGCGCGCGACGUGAUUUACGUGCUGGCUGGGUUCGCGGCGGGGGCGACUAAGGCGUCCGCGGCAGCCCCCGUGCGCCCGAGUAGGCCUCCGCUAGACCCCGACGCGUACGAAUCGCAAGCUGCUUUUAAAAGGGCUGUUGCGCAAGCCGCGUGGGCCGAGCGCCACCUGGCGUUUAAGCGCUUCUCCGACCUCCGCACGGUCUCCCCUGGUUUGGCCGAGCGGUUUCUUUCGGAAUUUUUUCGGUCGCGGAACCCCUUUGAAAUUGCGUUGGCCGACCCGGUCGAUGGGCACCCCCUCAGUGUGGAGGAGAUGCUCGAGGCAUUGCAGACUGACAUGAUGGACCGCGUGCGCAAUGAUUUCCCUUGUAACCCGGAGGAGCAGCGCGCGCAGGCCUGCGCGGUUUCGGCGAUCCGGUCGGUUGGCGCUGGCCCUGCCUCUCCGGGCCUCGCCCUUUACUCGACCACUGAGGUGGAUGCCGUCUUAGACAGCUUGAAGACCACCUCCUCCGCGCUCCGCGGGUGUUUCGCUUCUGUCCGGUCGGCGGUGCCAGAGGGCCGCAGGGUUACCCUAGCCCUCGCGAACCUUUCCCGGCAGUGCGCCAUUACGAGCACCCUGUGGUCGAGCCGGCAGGUGACUCCCCUGCACAAGUCGGGCCCCCGCGUCGUCCGCUCCACUUUGUGCUUGCGCCCGAUUUCUAUUUCGGCGGUCAUGACGUCUGUCGUGGAUGGCCUGUGGACGUUGCGCAACGCCCCGCUGUUACAGGCGUACUGCGGAGUGGCCCAACAGGGCGGAGUGGGUGACCCCCUCUCUCUCCUCCUGGCUCUUCUCCUUCAUGCCCAACUCCGCUGUGCCCAGGGCCUGCCCACAUAUUGGGCGGUCACGGAUCUUCAGUGGGCGUUUGAUGUUGCCUCCCACCCCGCCAUGCUCCUGAAUGCCUACGAAGCAGGUGUCCGUGGCCAUGAUUGGCUUCUCCUUGACGAUUUUAUGUCGUCCGACAACCAGUACAUUGCGCUUCGCGGCCACAUCUCUUCUUUGUUUUCGCUUGGCGGCGGCACGGCGCAGGGCCGUAGGUUCAGCGUGGGUGUUUUCAACGCGCAGCUCAAGUGGCUGGCGGAGGAGGUGUAUCGCGUGCUGCCUGGGAGCUGUGCUGCUUGGGUUGAGCCCCACCUGCGGCGUUUGUGCUUAGCGCUUCCUGUGCCUGAUUCCCCUGCCGCGUGUGGGCCAGCGCCGCCAGCUGUUGGGGGCGACCUCGAAGCCUUGGCUGUCGAGGUGGCGUCGGCAGCUGCCGCGGAGCAGGCGCCCUUCCCGAGUGCCGUGCGCGCGAUGAUGCGCGGUGCCCUGCGGCUAGCUUCUGAGGCCGACAGGGCCUACUUGAUGGACCGCCUGGGCACGGGCCUUUUGCCCCCACUGCAGUUUGUUGAUGACCUCACGGUUGCCACAUCCUCGCCGGGGGCUCUCCGAGCCAUCGUGUCGCGGGAGCCAUGGUCAGCCUGCUCGCGGUACGCUAGCCGCACCCGGUCCAUGUUUAAUUACAAGACGGGGAAAACCGCGGCCAUGGUGAUCCUUGACAGCCCCCCGCCGGGGGACAUCGGCUGCCCAGUGGUGGAUACUAAGGCCCUGCUGGGGGUGCUCUUUGACUCCCGGCUCUCUUUCCGCCCCCUGCUUCGGGCUACGCUGGCCAAAGGUCAUGAGCUGUUCGAGGCGCUGUUUUUCGCCGGCGGGUCUGGGGGCUUUGGUCUCCCAGUCCUGUGUGCCCAAGUGCCGUCGCGCGUGGAAUCUGCCUUGCUCUACCCCUCCCCGUUCCUCUUCCUGGCCGAGCGGGCGCGUUUUUCACUCGAUCAUUUGCAAGCGUCCUGGGCACGGCGUUUGCUCGGAUGCGCUAUCGGCCCAGAAUUGCCCGGCGCGGUUGUCGUAGCGCAGUGUGGGUGGCAGCUGCGCUUGGGCACUAAGAUGCUUGAGCGUACGGUCCUCGCUCGCGCAAGGCUGCUCCUCCUGCCCGCCGAGCACCCGGGUGCCAGUAUGCUGACAGUGGCCUCGGGCACGAGCUGCUCCACGUGGGCGAGCGCGGUCCGGGCGUGGAUGUGCUCUCUGGACCCUCCCCUUCCUGACGUGGUGGAGUGGCCUUUCGCCGGACCUCCGGCGUGCGCCAAGGCGCGCGCUGAUCCUGCAGCGCGUCGUCUGCUCCUCCGGAGCUACAAGUUUUAUGUCGUCCGCCCUGCACUCCUUAAGCUGGAUCUUCUCUCGUUCCAGCGGGCUACUGCAGAUGCCCUGCCUGUCUUUCGUCUCCCGUUCUCGGCGUGGCUGUCCGGCCCGCCGGGAACGCACUGGAACCUUUUAGAUUUGUCACUUGGCCCUGGCUCCUGGCUCCAGUUCCGCCUCUGGGCUCAGCGGCGGACAGGCGAGGGCCGCCUUGGAACUGACGGGGGCAACGGCGUGGCAGCUCCGUCGCACGCCCGGGAGAUGGGGCCCGCAGUCCCCCAACAGCUGCUGCGGGACACAAAUACCGUUGUCCACAACCCGCUGGACCGCAGAGUCUACGGCAUCUCGCCGAACGGCGUCCCGCUGUGCUGCGACAGCACCAUGGUGUCCCCCCUCCGCAGGGACGGCUGGCACCGGCCGCGCACCUUCGACACCGACGGCGCCGCGCUACUUGGGGCCGAAAGGCGCAAACGACGCAGGUACCACGAACUCACGACCGGCCAGUCAGGCCGCCUCAUGGUCCUCUCCUGCGAGGUCGGAGGCAGGGACCAGCGAGACGCGCUGUACGGCUACCGCGGACAGCGCGUGGGUGAGGCGAGCCACCCAGGGCCACCGCACAACGGCGCUGCCCCAGCCACGCCGCCGCGCGGACGCUCGCAAGCGGACCUGCCCGAGCCAGCGGGCGAGGUUUCGGGCGAAUCUGCGCCCCGGCCGGCGGAAGCCGAGACUCCCCCUCGAGAGCUCUUCGGUUCGCCGGGCCGGUCUCUGUCGCCGCUGCCUGCCGGACAGAGCCACUUCAGCGCCGUGUUCGGACAGGCGCCUGCGGCCGAAUGGGGCUUGUCUGGGCUGUUCGCGCCGCCGCGGGAGACAGCCGAACGCGCGGCGGCGGAGGAGCAGCAACAGCCGCAGCAACCACAGCAGGGGCCGGACCCCCAGGAGCCGGAGCAGCCAGAGGCCAGCGAGGUUUGCUACAUGUGCCAGGAGCCGCUCGACGACUCGAGGGUGCAAUGGCCCGACUGCGGCCACGUCCCCCACUGCUUCCACGCAGCCUGCCUGGCCCGGUUUCGCCCUCUCCGCCGCGGACUCGCACACCUGCGGAACUCGGGCGGCGAUUCCAGCCGGGUAGAGGACGCAGCGUGCCCGCUCUGCAACCACAGGUGGGGCGACGGCCCGAACUCUGCCGCGCGGCUCGCGGAGCUGGCGGGCCACCUUGGGCGCGGCGGGGGGCUACCUUUCCGAGGGUGCCGCUGCCUGCCUUGCCGGGGAGUUGCAGGCGACCCGAGUUCCGACGAGGAGCGGGCCAACCGGUACCGAUGGGGGGCCCCUCGUGCUGCCGGAGGGGCCGGCACCGCACGCGAUCGCCAUGUGCCCGCGCCACCCGGAGCGACCCUUGCGAUGGCGGCACUCGCGCGGGCCAGAUGGGCUGACGGGCAGCUGGGAAUGCGCCGCCUGCGAUGUCGCCCGCUCGGUAGCGAGGUCCCGCCGCCGCUGGGCGAGAGGCCGCCGCAGUGCCCUUGCGGCCAGCCAGGGCAGGUCGAGUGGGUCGCCCGGGCCAGCGGGGACGCCAGAGGGCCUUGGAGGUGGCAGGGAAACUGGCUCUGCGAAAGCUGCGCCGCCACAGCGCUGCCAGAGCCAGAGGCCGCACAGCCCGAACGGCCGCCAGAGACAGGAGCAGGAGGCGGGAGCCCGGACCCACCGGCGGCGGACGGCCCACGAACCCAGUUCAGCGGCUGGUCGCCUCCACGACACGCGGCAGAGACCAGCCGCUACCUCAACUCCUGGAUGUACGUGCCGCUCCUCCUGGACGCCGCGGGCCAGCUUGACGUGCAGGAAGCCGCCGCGUGGCGACAGCACCCUGCUGCACACUGGUGGGAGAACGCCGCGGCGUUCCUCCGAGAGAGGCCGCGCGCCGACGUGUCCGCCUUCCGCGCGGCGGGCCCCCUGCUGCCGGAGGCUCUCGGAGACGGGCUGCACGGGGACCAACUGGGGCUGCCAGCGGUGGUAGGGCUCCUUGCCGACGACAGAGGAUACGUGCAGCCGAUCGCCCAGGACAUCGUGAUGCAGAUCUUCGGGGGGGUGGACUUCAUCCGCGCUGUGGAGGUGCAGGCUGACGCCUACAGGGCAUGGCUUGCGCGCGGGCUGCCUCCAAGACCCGCCCCGGCAGCAGGGCCUGGAGCACCGGGCCCGCCAGACGCGCGCGGAAGAGGCGCCGAGAAGGAGCUGCAGGCGGAGGGAGAGGGAGGCGGGCGACGAAACCGGCGCCCGGCACAGUCUGCCUUCCCCGACGCCGCCUGGGCGCUUCUUGGCGCAGUGGACUUGGAGGCCGAACUGCGCCGGCGGGUGCCGUGCAUCCGGGCGCCGGCUUUCCUCCGCGGCCGCCUUCGCCAACUCUACCACGCGGUCCUCGAGGAGGUCCUGCGCGCAGACGCCCUUCCUGGCGACGCCGACGGGCUGCAGAAGGUGAGGGCUUGGAAGCUCCUGGUCCUCAUCUGGCGCAUGCUGAUGCGACGGACCGCGAGCACUGGAGCGCCAGGGCGGCGAGAGCUCGAAGCGCGACUGGAGCAGUUCGAGGACGGCUCCUGGGAAGCGCUGCUGGCCCCAAGCCUGCAAGGGCAGCGGCCUCCGGGAGGAGCGCGCGGCGCUGGCGACGCCGAGGCGAGGCGCCAGCGCCUCCUGGAAGACGCGGUGGCGCUGGUCAGAGCAGGGGGCCUCAGCAAGGCGCGGCAGCUGCUCGCCUCACGCGGGCUGGCGCCGGGCACGGCGGAGACUUUGGCAGAACUGCGGGACCCCGCCCGGCGACCGCCGAGGCCCGCCGCCGACUUGCCGCCUGCCGCCCGAGCCUUCCAGCCGGCUCGGCCCGUCGAGCUUGACCGCCGCAUCUGGACCGACUGCGUCCGCUCCGCCCCGAAAGGGUCUUCCAGCUCGCUGAGCGGAGCCAGCUUUGAAUUGCUCAAGCUGGCCUUGGACGAAGACGAGACGCUCGAGCUGCAAGCUGCCGUGGCGGAGCGCUACGCGCGGGCCGAGAUCCCAGCGAGCGUUGCCCGCGCCCUGGGCACAGGCCGCAUGACGGCGCUGCUGAAGGCCCACGACCGCGGGCUGCAGGAGGCGCUGCACGACCUCCUCGACCUCGACCCCGCGCCAGCUGAAGCAGAGAGGCUCUCCCGAGUGAGCUCGCUGCCGCUCGGCCUCGGAGGCCUUGGACUCAGAUCAGCCGCUCGCGCGGCCGAGUGCGCGUACUGGGCGUCUUGGGCGGACGCGCUCCCCAUGUUGCGACAAAGAAACCCUACAGCAGCAACGGAGCUCACCGCCACCCUCCUCGCCGGAACAGGCGCCGCAGCCUCGUGCCUCCAGGAAGCUGAGCGCGCGAGGGCUGCCGCCGCCCGCGACGGCUUUGCGACGCGCCCAACUUGGCAGGAGGUCUGGGACGGCGCGCGCCCUGAACAGACAGAGCCAGAGCCGGGCGAGUGGAAGCACGGAUGGCAGUACCACGCCUCCGCAGCCCGAGAGCGGCGCUACAGGGAGGAGGUCGUUCUCCCGAGCCUCACAGACGACCAGCAGUGGAUGCUCGACUCGCAGGGAGGCCGCUGCGGCGGACGGCACCUGGCCCUGAUCCCCUCGACGCCAGAAAGCACGUUCACGCCUGAGCGCUUCCGGGCACUGCUCCAGAGACGGCUCCGCUUGCCGCUGGACGCCACGGCAAGCAGGUGCAACGGGCGCUCCUGCCAGGCCCACUUGGACGAGAGAGGCGACCACAGAGCAGCUUGCCCCCGCAGCGGACGCCUGCUGAAGCGCGGCGCUCCCAUCGAGCGGAUGUGGGCCCGGGUGUGCCGGGAGGCAGGAGGCCGUGUCCGCACCAACGUGUUCCUGCGCGACAUGAACCUCCCGGGCAUUGCCGCCAACGACGGGCGCCGCAUCGAGGUGGUGGCCAACGGCCUCCCUGCCUACCACGGCAGGCAGCUCGCCAUCGACGCCUGCAUCGUAUCCCCGCUGAGGGCCACCGGCAGGCCGAUUGCGCGGAGGCUCCGCCCAGGACUCGCGCUGAAACGGGCGAGGCGCCGCAAGCAAACGACUUACCCUGAGCUGGUGGGCUCGCGGCGGGGCUACCUGCUCGUAGCCGGAGCAGAGACGGGCGGCCGCUGGGACGAGGAGGCGUACAAGCUCCUCGUUACCCUGGCCCGCGCCCGGGCGAGGAGCGCGCCGGCGGCGCUGCGAGGAUCGCUUGCGACCGCGCUGCUGCACAGGUGGAGCGGCAUGUUGGUGUACGCCAUCCACGACGCCCUGGCCGCGAGCCUGCUCGAGGACGUGCCCUCUGAAACGCUAGCGACAGACGGGGAAAUCCCUGGCGAGGGGACGUUCUGUCGGCGCUCCCCUGAGAGCACCGGCCCCCGCGUGGGGGCGCGCACGGUCAGGGCGGGGCACAGCAGCUCGCAGGCUUGGGGCAGCUGA